AUGGCCUCACUCCAUCAAUGGACCACCCCAUUAAAGGGCCUAGACUCGCUUCGCCUCACCCAAGCCCCGAAGCCCACCCCAGGCAAAGGCGAAGUGCUGGUCGAGAUCCAUGCUGUGUCGCUAAACUACCGCGACGUCGAGGUGACUAAUGGCGAAUACACCCACCACCAAUCCGUCGAUCAAGAGAACAAUAUCGUGCCAUGCUCGGACAUGUGCGGUGUCAUCACCGACGUCGGCGUUGAUGUCACCGCAUGGAAAGUCGGCGAUCGCGUCCUUUCCACCUUCCUCCCUGACCACCAAACCGGCCAGGUCACCGAGAAAGAAUUAUCGCGGGGACUGGGUCUGCCGCUGGAUGGUGUCCUGACCGAGUACCGCGUGUUCCCGGAGCAUGCGCUCGUCAAAGCGCCGAGCUAUUUGACCGAUGAACAAGCUGCGACGCUGCCCGUCGCCGCCGUGACGGCCUGGAUGUCGAUCAACGGCAUGCGACCGAUGGGUCAGAACGGAGGAAACGGCGAAUAUAUCCUGUUGCUGGGAACGGGUGGUGUCGCUAUUUCCGGAUUGCAGAUUGGCAAGGCGUCUGGUGCUAAGGUAAUAAUCACCUCCUCCUCAGACGAAAAGCUAGCCCAAGCCAAACAACUGGGCGCCGACUACACCAUCAACUACCGCACAAACCCCAACUGGGCAGAAGAAGUCAUGCGCCUAACCAACAACCACGGCGCAGACAUCAUCCUCGAAACGGGCGGCGCCCAGACACUGAGAAAGAGCUUUGACUGUAUCUCCUUCGGCGGACUGAUCAACUGCAUCGGAUACGUGUCUGGGAAGAUGGAUGCGUCGGAGGACCGGACCAACGUCAAUUUGCUGACGCUGCGGAGGACGGUUACACUGAAGGGGAUCAUUAACGGGCCGAAGGAUCGGUUCGAGGAGAUGGUUGCAUUUUAUGAGAAGGAGAGGAUUCAGCCGGUUGUUAAUAAGGUGUUUGAGUUUGGGGAGGCAAAAGAGGCGUUUAAGUUUUUGGCUGGGGGGAGUCAUUUUGGGAAGGUUGUUGUUAGGGUGAAGUAG